GAAAACAGAAGUGCUACUAACUAGUUUUCUUGAUAGCAUUUAAGGGAAAGUAUCUCUUGUGAGACACGUCCUGAUUUACUUCAUGAGUGCACUACCACGGAAAACUACCACCAGUUUCAGUCUAGGAGAAAUGAUACUUUGAAGUCAUCGGCAAAGUUUCACUAUGACGAACUGCUCAACUAAAGAUGUGGACACUUUAACGCAGAAGCUGGACUUGGUGAUUUACGUGCCUGUCCUGGUGUUCGGCUUGGCGUUAAACAUCGCAGCAUUGGUGGUGUUCUGUCGACUGCUCAGAAAAUGGACCGAGUCCUCCAUCUACAUGACCAACCUGGCUCUGAUGGACCUGCUGUUGCUGCUGCAGUUGCCCUUCAAAAUGCAUGCAGCACACCACAAGUGGGCAGAAGACACAAAGCUCUUUUGCUCCUUCCUGGAAAGUCUUUACUUUGUAGCUAUGUACGGUAGCAUCUACACAAUUGUGUGCAUAGCCAUAGACCGGUACAUCGCCAUAAACCACCCAUUUCGGGCCAAGCAGGUGCGUUCCAAAAAAAAUGCCUUGAUUGUUUGCAUUUUCAUUUGGGUGUUUGUUAUGGCAAUGACUUCACCCAUCUACACCUUCCGGGAAAAGAAAAUGGGGAAUUUCACCUGUUUCCAUGGCUUCUCUAAGAAUGGUUGGAGCACUGGAAUAAUCGUGUGCCUGGAGGUCUUUGGUUUCUUGUUGCCCGCCGCAGUACUGGUGGCGUGUUCCAUUCAGAGCGUCCGUACUCUCAAAGCCUCAAAGAACAGCGACUACAAGAGGCAAGCUGGUGUGAGAAUCAUCUACAGCAGCCUAGCGGCCUUCCUAGUGCCCUUCACCCCCUGUCACGUGGCCAUAUUCCUGCAGUAUCUUGUCCGUAAUGGCUUUAUUUCAGACUGCAAACAGCAAAAGAACAUCGCGCUUUUCAUACAGGUGUCAAUAAACAUUGCAAACGUGACCUGCUGCUUGGACGCACUGUGUUACUAUUUCAUUGCGAAAGAAGUCCGAUCCACCAAGGAGACACUUAGACUGUCCAUCAGCAGAGCGAGAACCACCAGCACCUCAGAUGUCUGAGGUGAAUUCAGUUUAUUAGUCGUUCAGAAUGUGUCCCUAUGGAUUUCCAGUGGAAGUAAAGAUGUGGUCAUACUAG